UGAUGUGUACUUUCUUCUUUUGCAAAGACAUGGCAUGUGAUUUUCAAUGAACCAAAUUCAUCUUCACUUCAUACACAAUAAAUGCAUAUCUUUACACUAUAGCAGUCAUUACCUAUAGGCUAUGUAUAUAUAUAUACAUCUCUCCCAUCCAACCAUCAUCACUUCAUCUCUUUCUUUUAAACAAUCUAUUCUUUCAAUCCCAAAUACCACAAGUACUACUUGAUUGAAAUCAUGGGUUUUCGCUUGCCAGCAAUUGUUCUAGCCAAGCACGCAAUUCGCCGUGCUCUAUCUACUCCAGUAUCUAUGGAUGUACCAAAAGGUCAUCUUGCCGUAUAUGUAGGAGAAACAGAAAAAAAACGCCACAUAGUCCCCAUCUCAUACUUGAAAUGUCCUUCUUUUCAGAGUUUGCUUAGCAAGGCAGAAGAAGAGUUUGGGUUUGAUCAUCCAAUGGGUGGUCUUACAAUUAUCUGCACAGAAGAAGACUUUUUUUAUAUCACCAACAACUUGAAUUGAUCACGAGUUGCAAGGACAAGACAAAGUUCUAACACAACUAACAAAAAGCCUCAGUUCAAAAUUUUUGGUUGUUUCAGUCUCAACUUCAAUUGUACAUUCAUGAUAUUGAGAGUCAUACAAUGUAGACGGAUACAAAUGUACCAUACUUCUUUAGCAUAAAGAAUAUAGGAAUAUAAAUCUCUUUUGUUGAAUAAACUCUCACAUAUA